AAAGAAUUCGCAUUUUCAAACCCGGCGAUCGGCAUGACGACAGCGGCGGGCGGCCUCAAGCAGCGCUCGCUGCACGAUUUCUUCGCCAAGAGCGUGCGCACCCCCGACUCGAUCUCGAAGCGACUGGAGCUUGUGGACGAAACCGACUCGGACAUCGAAGCUGCUGUUGCGAACCUUGACAACAACGACGAUGAAAUGAACGUCACAUACGACGAUGCCGACGACGACGCACAGACCGACUUCACGUUACCAAAGCGCAUUUCGUUCUCGCCGAGUCAGUGCAGCGAACCCGACGGAGAACCUAGCUGCGAUCCAGAUGUGGCGUCGAGCCAAAAGCAGCAUCCAUGGAGUGACGACUUUGCGCCACCGAGUUUCUCGCAGAUGUACAGCCAACAAUCGUUCUGCGAUUUUUCAACGCCGCAAGACCAGCCCGUCGUGCAUAUGUCGCAUCCUCGAUCUCCCUCUCCGAUCAAAAAGCGGCCACGGACGCUUCCCACCUUCCAAGGGCUGCCGUUCCUGGACCCGCCAUCCACAUCCACAGCAGUCACGCCCACGGCCGGUGGCCAGGUUGACCACGAAACCAACAGCGAAGCUUGCAGCCUUGCCGUCGAGUCUCCCCGCGGCCCGUCGCCGCCGUUUGCCCCCACUCUGGCUUUCAUGACGACGCCAUUCGCCGACAUCAACCAAAAUCCAUUCGCCCCGGUCACAUCCACCGAACGCAAGCGAAAGAAGAAGCACUCGGCACCUCCACUGUGGCUUGGCGCAGCUACGGCGUCCAAGUACCUCCACGACUUCGUCGAGCGCGAAGUGCUCGGAUCCGGCUCGUUUUCGAAAGUUUUUAAAGUGACCAAGCGCUUCGACGGAUGGACGUAUGCCAUCAAGAAGAGCAAGCGGCGUUUCCGCAGCGCGUCCGACAAGCAGCGCGCGCUGCGCGAGGUCCAUGCGCUGGUCGCACUCAGCGACAGCCGCCACAUCGUGCGGUACUACGACGCGUGGAUCGAAAACGAACUGCUUUACAUCCAACUCGAGUUCAUGCACGGGUGCUCCCUCGCGACCUUUCUCGGCGAUGCCACCCACGUGAGCGAAGCGACGGUGCGCAAAGUGCUCAAGCAUCUCGCGACGGCGCUGCGCGACAUGCAUGCGAUGAAGGUUGUCCACAUGGACGUCAAGGUCGACAACAUCCUGAGGCACCCGACGUCAGGAGUGUUCAAGCUCGGGGACUUGGGGACGGUGGUGCCCAUGGACGGGUCCAUGGAGAUUAUGGAAGGCGACAACCGGUACCUGUCGAGGGAGCUCUUGGAGGGGAAUCGGUCGCAUUUAUGCCAGGGAGACAUUUUUGCGCUCGGCGCGACCAUGUACGAGCUGGUAAACACAGCGCGACGACCGACCCACGACGAUGCCACAUCUGAGUGCGUGCCUAGAUUCGCGGCGAGGGCCUCCCGAGCUCGGGCGACGACUGGCAGAAGAUUCGAAAUGGCGAGUUGACCGUGUUCCGGCACUACUCGAGCUCGCUGCAGCACCUAAUUGCGAGCAUGCUGCACCCCGAUCCCCUCGCGCGGCCGUCCGCCGACGAGAUCCUGCGCCAUGAAACAGUGGUCGAUAUCGUGUAAAGAACACUCGUCUUGUUCGUGUCGUCGGUCCGUGAAAGGUCCAUGGCUGUGGAGGGGGAGGGGGCAAAUGGAACCUUCAUGCAGCAUGGAAUGCCCCAACUCGGGGCCGCUCUCGUCAUGGAUCGCAGCUCCGCGUCGUCGCCGUCGAUUUUCGGUGUGGUAGCGUUCCGCCUUUAGUGAUCGAUUGCGUCCACACGGAGGUCGCCUCAACGCGCGAAUGCGGG